UUCAAGGUCCAACUACUAAUUACAAGUUAGUCCAUCAGCUAUUGAUUCUUUCACUUGGUGUUUACCAAUUUUCACAUCCGUUCGAUCAACUGAAAGCAACAUAUGUGCAUGUACUUAUCAUCAAAACUCAUACUUCAGCUUCAAACUAAACUACUUAAUUACAUGAACUAACGUACAAAAAUUUCAAAAUAUUCUAUGGACUUGGACUCAUAAUCAAGAAACACUCACCAAAUCAACAUUUCUGUAUCUAAAGUAGCUUUGACCCAAACAAUGGAGCUUUCCCAUUUUUGAUAGUCCUCCUACAUAUAUAUAUAUAACUGUAAAAUCCCAUUUUUAUCAUGAAAUUAAAACAAACAGAUCAAGAUUCUGUAAUGGAAUUCAAGAAUCAAAAUCAACAAUUCCAUGGUAAGAGUGAUGGGGAUGAUAAUGAUCCGAUUUACAUGGAAAUCGAAAGACAGAUUUUGCUUUUAACAGCAGAUGAUAAUGGAGAUGAUGAAGAUUUUCUUUCCCAGAGAAAACUUUCAUCCAACUCAAGAAGAUUAACGAGUAGUUGUUGUUCUUGCACAUUACAGCAUGGAAGUAAUCAUUUCCCUUGGUGGGAAGGAGAGAAAAGUGAUUAUGAUAAUUCAACACCUACUUGGCUUUUGAAUUUGUGGAGCAGAACUGGGAGCGGAACUGGAGUUUUCAUCCCUCAUAUUGUCAAAUCUAGACGAAGAUACAGACCUGGAGAGAGGAUGAACAAUGAGAAGGGUAGUAUAUACAGAGCAAAAAAGCAAUUAUGAAAUUUGUGAACGGCUCAAGGGAAGAAAUAUAGGGUGGAUAGCAUAGAGCACAAAGCAAAUUCUUCAAUGUUUGUAUUGUAUGUUUCUAGCAUACAUAAUUCCUGUUGUACAACAAUAUAAAUUUCUAUCUUGAAUGAUUAGCACAAUUCUAAUUCAGAAAAAUAUAAAAAUCAAGAUUCAAACCACUUAUCUCCGACAUUUUUUCUUAAAGUGGAAAAAAAUAAUUUCUAAUCAUAUUAUAAAAACAAUGAAUAAUAUUAAGAGC